AUGGAGAGAUAUCUUGAGGACUACGAGUCCGGGGUCGGACGCGGACGCAUCACCCACCCGACGCCCUAUCUAUUCGAAUACAUCGACAAGAUCUUCGAAAUCGACAACCGGGUAAGGCUGCUGCUUUCCGCAAGCUCGCAGAUGGAGAAGACAACGCCGACAGGAGCCUCCCCCGACGAAGCCGAGGCAUAUAUGAAGCGAUUCGAGAUUUCGGUUCUCAAAGAAAUCAUGUUCUUCAAAGAAGGCAUGAUGAAUGACGACCGCAGGUUCCGGACCGCUCUUCUCAGGAUCAGAUCCCAGCCGGCAACCGAAGCGGGGAUGCUUCAAAGCCUCGAGAAUUUGGAGAUGUUUUGGAAUGAAGCGGUAGACAAAGCUUCGGCCGCCAAGGAGACGGCUAUGGAGAGGGUGAAGGAGUAUAAGCAACUUUACCCUGAGACCUUGUUCGGAAAAUGGCCUCCUGGUUUCUGGGCCGGGGAGGCGGGUUAG